AAACAGCCGGAGCGUACCCCCCUGGUCACGACGACCUCUUAUACGGCCUUGCGACGACCGACCUUGGAAUCGAUUUUGUUUAGGUCGUUGUCUUAUGUUAAGAAUAUAGGUCACUUUUGAGAAGGGUUGAAAUUGCACGUUCAUUCUGCAAAAAUGGCUGAUAAGGAGGGACUAGUUGCUCAGUUUAUGGCAAUUACUGGUGUCGACACAGACAGAGCGACUUUUUACCUGGAAUCCGCUGGCUGGAACCUAGAUGCUGCCAUGGGGAGUUUCUACGACCAUGACGGCGGCGCCGGGGAGCAGGAGCAGCGUGAGGCCGGCGAGGUGACCGGAGCGGCAGCGGCGGGGGCGGCCGGAGGAGGGGCCUCGUCGGACGCGGCUCCGUCCGAGCAGCCGACGCGCCGCUCGCAGCGACAGGCCGGGACCACAAUCCGGACUUUCCAGGGUCUCAUGGGUUCGGACUCGGACUCGGACGAGGAGGGACAGGCGUUCUUCGCCGGCGGCUCAGAGACCAGUGGACAACAGAUCCUCGGUCCCAAACGAGGCAAAAAGAAGGGCGAGGAUAUUGUCAAAGAGAUGUUCCAGGCUGCCAAAGGUCACGGCGCCGAGGAGGUGGACCCGUCCGAGGAGGCGCCGCAGCCGCGGCGGCGCGUGUUCGGCGGCACCGGGUACCGGCUCGGCCAGACGGGCUCAGACUCGGAGGUGGUACCCGGCGCGCCCGACAACCGGCCACCGCAGCCGCGCACCGUCAAACUGCGGCUCUGGCGCACCGGCUUCAGCGUGGAUGACGGAGAGCUGCGCGAGUACUCGGACCCGGCCAACCAGGAGUUCCUCAACUCGGUCCGAGAGGGCCAAGUGCCCCUGGAGCUGAUUCGGGACGCACAGGGUGGCGAGGUUCACCUGGACAUGGAGGACCACCGGCAUGAGGACUACGUGAAACCCAAGGCCAAGCCGAAACCCUUCUCCGGCGUCGGACACGUGCUGGGCAGCCCGUCGGCGGCCGGCGCGGGCGGGGGCGGGGGCGCGGCCGCCGACGGUGGCCACUGGUCUCUCUCGGCCGCCCUGUCGGCCGCUCUCGGUCUCCUGUUCAGCCUGAUGGAUGUGCUGUGGCGAUUCUUCAGCCCGGCACCGGCCGUGGUGGGCGCCGGAGCGGCCUCCUCGGCCCCGGCCGCCGCCGCCUCUGCCGGCGACCCGGCCGCCAGCGAGGCGGCCGCGCGCGCCGCGCUGGCGCUCGACGAGUCGCAGCCGACGACCAGCGUGCAGGUGCGGCUGACGGACGGCUCCCGGCUGGUGGUGAAACUGAACCUGACGCACACCAUCGGAGACCUGCGCCAGUACAUCGCCACUGCGCGCCCCCACUUGGCCACGCGGCCGUUUGCGCUUCUCACCACCUUCCCCAGCAAGGAGCUGACAGACGACAGCGUCACAGUGAAGGACGGCGCGCUGCUGAACGCCGCCAUCCUACAGAGGGCCCAGUGAUCGACCCACAGCCGCGCGCCACGCUCAGGACGACUCGGGUGUAACCGGGCCCGGUCCGGUCGGCUCGAGCUACCGCUGGACUCGGCGAGACGUCCCGUAACAGACUGAUACAGAAAACGAACUACCGUGAUGUGGGGCCAGGAUCUGAGACGACUGCCCGCCGCAGAGGGGUUUACACAAAUACGCCGAGUUAUGAUGGUAAAAUACAUUUCGCACACGGACUAGAAAGCCUACAUUCAGGGCAAUCACGUCGGGUCAUCAGCAACUUAAGUCACGAUCGGUUCGUGUGCCUGCCUUCAAACCAAGCUACCCCAAGGUUCCAGCACGGUGGCUUCCCGCGCGUGACCCAAUAUAGCACCUGUCGCGCGUGGCUGCGCUCGCGCGCGUCAAUCACAUUCAGUCCUCGGCGGCACUGCCACAGACCAGCCGUCUAACCGCCUGCGAUGGAAGACUCUGACUCCGCCCAGCCGGCGGAGCUCCAUCAGUCCGGGCGGCCUCGUCAUGGUCUCAGCCAGUGAAGGCCUGCAGUCCAGUGAUGGCGCGGCCCAAGAUCAGCGCGUGGAUGUCGUGCGUGCCUGCGGGGAGGAGCGGGACGAUCAGAGGCGGCGGUCACAUACCAGUGACGGUGGGGCUCGCCUUGGUGGGGAAUUCCGGUAUAUUCUCUGCUGUGUUGGCCGGCGGCGACCGUCUAGUGUCCACAGACGCCGCCGCCGGCUUCCCGACUGCCCACAGCAGUCGCUCUUGUGAUGAUUGUGCAGUGUUCUUGGUAAAAUAAAACUAUGCGUAAGCUGGCUGGGAUA